AUGGCUUUUCACUUCCUGUUUUGUCAUUUCCUGUUUAACUUCCAUAGCACCUUAAGAGGAAUUUUUGGAAGCGGCAAAGUCAAAGUAGAGAAGGAUGAUGAACCUAAUGAGCCCACUGAGGGCAGCGUGACAUGCAUGUCUGGGAGCGCGACAAAGGUCAAAUGCAAACAUUCUGAGAAUACUGACGAUAGUAGUCCACAUAGUUUCAUUGUGCUGGAACAUAAAUCAGAAAACAAUGCAGAGGUAUCUCCAAUGACAGUUCUGAAUGAACUUCAUGGUGCAAUGGCAACACCCUUACUUCAACUGUCGCAGAUGAUUGAACGGAUAUACACAGAAAACACCCGACUUGUAACAGAAAACAAAGACCUUAGGCGCCAAAUGGAUCUGAUGAAUAAAAAACUAGAACAUUUGGAGGGUGAAAACAAAGACCUAAAGAAAAGAAGUAAUUCGAAUGAAAAACAGACGUGGUGGAAAAGUGAAUCUCAGCAGCCAAGCAGUUAUCGCACCAGUGGUGUUGAUCGUACCGGAAAUAGCUCCAAUACAAGUGCAGUUCUAGGGAACCGUCCCUUUUGGGCUAAAUCAACUCCACCCAAAGAAACAGUGCGGUUUAGUGUGAUUACAUCAACAGAACAGCUGUAUGAGUUGGUACAGAGGGUCCUUGCUGAAGUCCAGGGCCAUCUACCGCACAAUGUUGAUGUCAAGAUGGUAACUACAGAGAAUACCACGAGGCCUACAUUGCUUUUUUGUCUGAAAGGAUCACGCUUGGGUACGGAUGUUGACCAAGCUGUUAAACUCGUCAAAGAUCAUUCUGCAGUGAUGUUGAUAGUCGUUCACCACCAAGCUACCCAUGUUGCUUCACCAACACCAAGCCAACAGAUUCUGCCUGAGAGUACAAGGAGCAGAUUCCAAUGCAUGACGGACCUUCUGUUUUGGAGUAAUGGCGGAUACUAUACAUGUAGAACUAAUGAAAAUGCAAUAUUGGACAUAACCAACUAUUUGAAACCAAAAUAAAGGCAUGGCUUGUAGGCUGGUGUCAUGUAUCCCUUUGUGUGGUCAUACUAAUCACGAGAUACUAAUGUACAAAACAUACAUGCAUGGUACAUUAGGAGUAGUUCAUGAAAGGCCAUAUAGUCAACUCUAUACUCGAAAUAAAAACAAAGACCAAUGUACGUGGACUUGCAAAAAUCAUUGCUAUUUUCAAG